AUGUUUGCCCUUUCUCAGCCGGCGGCGGCAGUGCCGCCACGCAGACGAUCCUGCUACCUUUGUGACCUUCCCCGCAUGUCGUGGGCCAUGAUCUGGGACUUUGGCGAGCCCGUGUGCCGCGGCUGCGUCAACUACGAGGGCGCCGACCGCAUCGACUUUGCCAUCGAGACCGCACGCCACCUCAGGCGGACUCAAGGACUACGGGAGAGCAGAAACAGCAAGGAGGUCCAGCGUCCGCCCCCUUUCGGGGACGCGCGGGUUAGGUCGGACUACCGGGGCGGGCCGCCCGACGGGUUCAAAUCGGACGAGGGGCCGCCUGAGCUCAACCGUCAAAGCCCCGACUCUGGGAAUAAGAGUCACGGGGGUCCGCCCGAUUUACCACCCCGGACGCCUCCGGGCGGAACUGCGGAGCCAGACCGAGAGACGAAAGACAAGCAAAGGAACGCAGAAACGCUGAGCGAGCUAAGCGAAAGCCUCCGGAACCGGCGGGAGGACUGGUCGGGCAAGCCCGAGACUGUUAGGAGCACCCUGCUGGCCCUGUCGGGUUGCGCCCCCUUCCGGGUCCGCUUCAAGAAGGACCACGGUCUGGUGGGCCGCGUCUUCGCCUUCGACGCCGCAUCCAAAUCGGGCGCCGAAUACGAGCUCAAGAUGUUUAUCGAGUACCCGGCCGGCUCUGGCAAUGUCUUCUCCAGUGCUUCUGGGGCUGCCAAGCAGAUGCACCGGGACUGCGCCAAAGACCCUGGUCGGGGGUUGUCGUCGGGGUUCAAGUACUUGGAGUAUGAAAAGAAGCACGGUUCCGGGGACUGGAGGCUUCUGGGAGAUUUGUUACCGGAACCUUUGCGGGUCUUUAGGGAACGCGUGAGUGGGGACGCGCUCCCGCAGCCCCAUGUGGACGGGGCCCACCCGCCGCCACCCUCCCCCCGGCCCCCGAGUGGUUCCAGGAAGAGGAAGCCGUCCCCGGAACGGCGACGGCUCUGUGAUCGGGCCGAGGACGCGAAACGCUCCGCCCCACCCGAGUCCCCCACGCCGUCCCCUGACAAGGAUGAUAGAACGGCGUCCCCCGCGGCAGCUGGCGGGUCGCUGUGCUGCACGCUCUGUCACGAGCGGUUGGAGGACACGCACUUUGUCCAGUGCCCGUCCGCCACCCACCACAAAUUUUGCUUCCCAUGCUCGCGGGACAGCAUCGAGGCCCAGGGAGGCGCCGCGGAGGUGUACUGCCCCAGCGGGGACAAGUGCCCCCUGCUGGGCUCUGACGUACCCUGGGCCUUCAUGCAGGGAGAGAUCGCCACUAUCUUGGCAGGCGAUGUCAAAGUCAAGAAGGAGAGGGACCCUUGA